AACACCUUGCAAGACGGGUCUAAGCUCUUCAGUGUAAUAGACCCUGUUUCUCAGUAGGUCAGCCUGGGGGCCCCCCAGGGAUCCCUCCCCGCCUCAUAGCACCGUACCCCACUUUCCCCCUGGUCUAAUGAUGAGCCCAUUUCUAGGUUGUCAUCUCAUCCUGAGCCCCAGGUGCCAGCCAGGCAGCUACUCUCCUCUGUUCAUAUCUUGAAGGCGCAGUGCUGGCUCAUAGUAGACAUUUGACGAAUUUCUGUUAAAUGAUUGAGUGAAUCAAGAGUAUCUACAGAGUAUAGCAUUUAUGAUGAGACAAAGCUAAUUGGGAAACAGAACAAGAUUGGUGUCCUGGGGUAACUGGGUAGGUCUUAAGAUGAAGAUUUUGGGGUGUGCUGGGUGCAGUGGCUCACACCUGUAAUCCCAAUACUUUGGGAGGCUGAGGCAGGGGGAUUGCUUGAUCUCAGGAGUUCAAGACCAGCUUGGGCAACAUGGUGAAAUCCCGUCUCUACAAAAAACACAAAAAUUAGCUGGGUGUGGUGGUGCACAUCUGAAGUUCCAGCUACUUGGGAGGCUGAGGUUGGGAGGAUUACUUGAGCCCAGGAGGCAGAGGUUGCAACAAACUAGAUCAUGCCACUGUACUCCAGCCUGGGUGACAGAGCAAGACCCAGUCUAAAAAAAAAAAAAAAAAAGACUUUGGAGUGUGACCCUGUUCUGCAGACGGCCUCUGGAGGCCUGGGUGUUCACACUCUGGGGUUGCAGUUUCCUCAGUCAUGAAGUGAGAGUUAAGUCCCCUCCAGUGUGACAUCCAAGAGCAGUUGUGGGCCCAGGACAGCAGCCUGUGUUUCCUUUGCAGCUUUACCUAGCCCCUCCACAAGCGCCACCUUGCAGUAGGCCUUCAGUUCUUGGAUUUAUUGGUGGCUGAAAGUUCUUGCGAGAUGGGCUUGAAGUUGUUGCCACUUAACCCUUCUGAGGUUCUUCUGGCUGGGAGGAGCUCCUGUUUCUGGCCAGAGUCUUGCUUGAGCCUUCUUAGCCAUCUCGUCACCUGUUAUAGGCAGCCCUGCCAUCUCUGGUGACCCUUUUUAAACAUUACCCUGGUGAGUAAUGUUUAACAUCACUCAUUGUCAGAUCUUUUUUAUCUUUUUUUUUUUUUUUUUUGAGUUUCAGUACCAGUAAGUCUUUAUGUAUUCAUUAUAUCUUUCCAAGGAAAAGAGAAGGGAAGUGAAAAGGGUCAGCAUGUGUGUUGCAGAGUGAUUAGAAAAUGGGAAAGGAAGUACCUGGUACAGAAAAAUGAGCCAUCCAAUAGAUGCACCCCAGAGAUGGAGUAACCAAAGCCCAAGGGGCCCUGGUCUCCUGCAGUUCAGGAAUGAGGGGCAGGGAUCAGGGAAGGUACAAGCCUUUCUACCCUCCCUCCCUGCCCCUAAAUGCAAGAUUUCACAUGAAGCUUUGGUUUCUAGCAAUAAACGUGGGGUUACAUUCAUCUAUCUCCUUUUAAACAAUCUUGUAGCCACUUUGACGUAAGUCCUUGCACCGGGCCGGGCGUGGUGACUCACACCUGUAAUCCCAGCACUUUAGGAGGUCAAGGAAGGAAGAUUGCUUGAGCCCAGGAGUUGGAGUCCAGCCUGGGCAACAUAGUGAGACCUUGUCUCUACAAAAAAAUUAAAAGAAUUAGUCAGGCGUGUUGGUGUACACCUGUAGUUCCAGCUACUUGGGAGCUGAGGUGGGAGGCUCGCUUAAGCCUGGGAGGUUGAGGCUGCAGUGAGCCAAGAUUGUACCACUCCACUACAGUCUGGGCGACAGAGCAAGACCUUGUCUCAAAAAAAAAAAAAAAAAAAAAAGUUUCUUGCACUUGCAUAAAAGUUCCUAAGUGACUUGGAUAUAUACUCAUAUUCCUUUGCCUGGUCUCCUGACCCCACUUCUACGUGGAAGGCCCCCGGUUGCUUCUCCCUUCUUUGAGAUUACAGAUUAAGUAGGUUUGAUCCAUCCCAAUAAAGCAGUGUCUUAAGUGUUUGGGGUGAACCACAUUGACUCAGGUUGGGAACAAGAGAUGGAGGGUUCCUGACUUCUUCAGGUUGUUCUCAUACAUCAUUUAAGAGUUGCAGAGACAGCCCGAGAAUUCAAUAUAUGCGUGUGUGGGUAUGUAGGUUUUCUUUUGGGGUAGGUGAAUGGAGAAGAAGGUACGGUAGAAGUCAAGUUUUUAGGGCAGAAGAUCUGGUCCAAAAUAGGAAAUAGAGGAAGGGGAACACAAAGAAAGGAUAGUUCAAAAUCCCUACUUCAAUAUGAGGGUCCCCCAAACUCAUGUUUUACAUCCUUUUUGCCUGGUUCAGAACUUUCUGUAAAGAUGCUUUGGCCAUUUUUCUCUCAAUACAAAAAAGUUUGUAAACAAUAAAACCCCAAAAGAACAUGGAGAAAGACCAACACAGUAUAGUUACACAAACUAGGCCACCUAGCAGUCACCAACUCAAAGUCCAGACAAAUACAGGAACUAGAGGGGGCAGCGUCAGGGGGAAACAAACCCAGGAUCAGAUGUGCACCCCCGAACACGUUCUAUCGUGCUUGUCCCAUUCUAGCCCAGCAAGGGAGGUUUGUGGUGAUCCUAUAGCGUGUAAAUGAAGCCCCCUUUUCUCCUUAGUUACCGUGAUACUGAAUCAGCGCUGCAGCAGGGCAGGACGCCGGCUGUGCACACCACAUGAAGAGGCCCUCUCUUACGGGGCUCCCUUGAACCCAAGAAUUUGGAAACGUUAAGAAUUUUAGUCCUUGCUUCAUAUAUCCUUCCCUGGACAGCACAGGAUGGGUACAGGGGCACUGGUCUUAAAAUUUAGCGUUCCCAAGUCACGUCUUUUACGAAUACACACGCAUACCCUCUGUUGUGGACGGUAGGCCUAGCACAGUCCAGUGAAGGACGGACCUGGUGUGUGAAGCAAGUCCCAUGCCCUAGGAUUAGGAAACCCUCACCUAACCGUGGUGUCCCUUGGUGUCUCUGCACCUUAGUCUAAUUUUCAGUCUUCCACUAGCCAGAGAUCAAGUCUUGAUGCUAUCCAGUUGAAACCUAGUCUCCCGUGAAACAUUUUCAAGGUGGGGGGGUUUCAGGAGGACACUGUGGCAGAAAAGCCAAGUCUCUGGCAAACAUGAGGUAGUUCAAUAGGCUGGGUCCUCCAUAUAGUUGCUCUUCGUGGUUAGAAAAACAACCAGAAGUAUUCCUGCUAUGCAGGCCUGGAGCUUCUGCCGACUUAUCCCUGAGGUUGCUCAGUACCUGAGAAGAGUAAGGAGUGAGGGACCGAGAUUAAAGUAGACAACAGCACAAACAACAUUAAGGGGAAUAAAAGCUAAGGUGCACGGACGUAUCGGUAACACAGCUAGUGCUGUGGGCACCCGGGAGACGGGGGACCGAGGUACGGUAUCCAAGGGAGCAAAUCAGUCCCAUCGCACUGGCCCGGAGCUGGGUGGGGUGAGUGUGGGAGCCGCAGGUCUGCAGCGGUCCCCCAGCCACACUCUCUGCCUGUCUCUGCCACCCAUUGCUUGGGACAGUUCCCAGCACCCUGUCCCAAGAGUGGGCUGUGAGGAAACAAGAUGUGAGUAAAGCCUGGCCUGCCCAUGAGGAAUUUCCUCCCUCAGAAGGUAGUGGCUGUGGGUUGGGUCCAUUACCUGGUCUCAUGCUUAAUCAUUUCACUCCAGCAUGGGAAAUACCAUGAUUACCUGUCCUUCUUAAAAAGGAAAACAACUUCCCUGUCCAGGCCACUUUUGAAAGCUGGAGAUUCUAGGGGUAGUGCCUCAGACAAAGCAUGUAGGCUCCUGAGUGAUUUCCCCCAGCUGCCCUCGUUUGCAUUUGGAUAGAGCUUGGUUGGAGUUCCAAGGGCUGAUGCUGGGAACCUUGCUCUGGAUGCGAGGCCUGCCCCUGGAGGGAGCCGCGCAGGACUGGCAGCUGCAGGUGCUGGAGCAGGCCAGCCUGUGGCUGGGCUGUAGCUUCCUGCUGGCAGGCUUCCUGGUAUCGAGCGGCUGCCCCAGCCUGGAGCAGGCGGCCAAGGGUGAGGGCUGUACCCCCAUCCCUUGUUUCGCCCACUGCCUCGACUCCCUGGUGAGAAACUUUCUGUGUCACCCUCACAGUGUCCAGAUCAUCCUGGGCACUGCCAGGGCCACCUGCAGCCAUUUCUAAGGCUCUGUGGAGGCCCAGGGACUCCUCACCCAGCUCCAGCGCCAGUGCAGCCUCCUAGCCCACCAGCCCUUUGAGGAGCUCUUGGACCACUGGGUCUCGGCCUACCACCUGCUGGAGUGGCUGGUGGAGCAGCAGCAGCCCCUUCAAGAGUACAAGGGCAGGCACCAGCUGGGGAAGGCUGGUGUUGCCUUGUCGGCCACAUUCUGGAGCCCGGCAGACAGCCUCAGCAAGCUCCUGUAGCCCUUCCAGAUGGCGGUCCGCGAGGCAAGUGCGGCACAGGCCUCUCUGAGCCAGGUGCUGCCCCAGCUGCGCUACCUGCACAUCUUCCUGGAGCAGGUUCACACACACUUUCAGGAGCAGAGUGUCGGGGAGAGGGGCGCAGCCAUCCAGCUGGCUGAGGGGUUGGCCCGGCAGCUCUGCACCGACUGUCAGCUCAACAAGCUCUUCUACCGCGAGGAGUUUGUGCUGGCCACCUUGCUGGACCCUUGCUUCAAGGGGAAGAUUGAGGCCAUCCUGCCGUGGGGGCCGACCGACAUUGACCACUGGAAGCAAGUCCUCGUGUACAAGGUGAAGGAGAUUAGAGUGUCUGAAUACUCUUUGACCGCCCCAAGCCCCCUGCAAAGCCCCAGGGGUCUGUGCGUGGACCCCACCAGGGUAGCCAAGAGCUCCGGGGUGGAGGGGAGAAGCCAGGGGGAGCCUCUGCAGAGCAGCGGCCACUCUGGGGCCUUCCUGCUGGCCCAGAGGGAGAAGGGCUUGCUGGAGAGCAUGGGGCUGCUGGCCUCUGAGAGAAGCGGGGGCUCGCUGUCCACCAAGAGCCACUGGGCCAGCAUCAUUGUCAAGAAGUAUCUGUGGGAGAAUGAGACCGUUGGAGCCCAGGAUGACCCCCUGGCUUACUGGGAGAAGAAGCGAGAAGCCUGGCCACCAUCUAUCUGUCUUACCCCCCACAGGAGCCUUCUCUGAAAGCAUCUUUGCCUCCCUGAACAGCCCCACCCUUGUAGAGCAAAACUCUUCUCUCAAGGUGGAAGCCAUUGAGCAUCUCCUCUUCUUGAAGGCCAACCUGGAGCAGUUCCCCAACUACACCCCGCCUCCCCUCAUCUGCUCUAGUGGUGACCUGGCCAAGGGGAUACAGACCCUGCAGUCCGCUCAGGGUGGGAUGGCAGACAUGGCAGGUGCCGGUGCUCACCCUGCCUGUGAACUCCUAGAGAGCCCCUGCCUGUAAUAGGUCAAAGCAGAGAGCUGGGUGUUGCAUCCUGGGCGCCACAUGCUCAUGGCCAGAAUCUUAAACCUAUUUGGUAGGAAAGGGUCAGUUUCUCACUUGACAGAUUGCCAUAUUUUUUUUUCUGGGAGAUGUCAUUUUCCAUCUCCCGAUUACUUCCUUUAUGUCUAGCAGUAUGUGCCGAGAAGAGGCUUACUCUCUUCGUAGGUGACUGAAUUUUGUACUACGUGGCUUUGUACAUGUGAUGCUCUGUUAAAACAUAAGUGGGUGUGAAGGUCCUUGCAUACACCUUUUCUGUGUGGAUAAGUGGAUACAUGCCCUUAAGAGGCUUGCUUUCUCAAAAAGUGGCCAAGGAUGUGGAGUGGGCAUGUGCUGGCAGGUGGGAUAUGUCCUCAGCCUUUGGGGGCCUGGAUAAGCUAUUGCAGCACUUUCUGAGGCUUUCACUGUAGGGAGAAGGAAAUCCCAAGGGUAGAAUAGCCAUUUCCAGAGGGAAGUGCACACAUACCUCCACACACCAGUCUUUUUGGGGGUUUCAGAGUGGCCGGAGAAACCGACUGAAGGGACUGACCAGCUAGCUAGGAGAGCUGAGACGCCAGUCCUCAAAUGGCGUUCUUACCAAUAGUCUAUUUCCAGACUACUGGAAACGCUGGGGUUUCUUCCUCCAGUGACAGCAGCCUCAGUAGCUUUCCUGGGCUCCAGGCGGCUGGCUGCACACCCUGCCUGCCAUCACCCUUGCCCCUGCUUGUCCUGGACCACUUUUAAAGGGGAAGUCCCUUAUUUGGAAGAGAGAAAGGAUGUGUGUAGCACACGCUCAUCAUGGAUUGCUCAGAGUUCCUUUAGGGCAGAGCUGAGGGCCUGGGAUCCAGGAACCAGUGGGAUUGGAUGGGAGAAGAAGGAAGGGGGUGGCCCGUCACCCCCGCAGGACUUGCAUCCAGGUAGCCUAAGGGCUCCUGGUCACUGGGUAGGGUGGCUGCUGAGAUGCAGGUCGGAAGAGGCAGGGGAAGGCUCCAAGCCUAACUUGGAGCAUGUCACUGGCCAUGGGGGUGAGGGGACAGACUCUGCCCUCACUGGCUGGCAGCCCCAGGAGCCUGUUCCCUUGCCUCUCCUGGAUGGGUUGUCAGCCCUGUGUUUCACUGUGACCAAUUCAUUAUAACAUUUGGAUAUUACUGAAAAUGUAAGGAAGCAGGAAAAAUUAACUACUUUCAUUCAGAGAUAGCCUCUAUCAAUAGUUUGACAUUUUUCCCUCUUUUACAUUGAGAUCAUACCCUAGGUACUGUUUAGUAUGCGAUAUUUUCAUUUUCGCAGUAUAAUGAUUGCACUUGUUAAAUAAAGUUUUGUAAACAUUUAA